AAAAGGAGAAAAAUCUAAGAAAAGAAAAAGUAGCAUAUCUUGCAAUAAUAAUGGUAUGACAAAAAGAAAUCUUGAUAAUGAAUUGAAUGACGUUACAUACCUAGCAAACAAAAAAAGAAAAGAGGAAGCAGUUUCUAAUAAUGAAUUAACUAAAUUAAAAAAAUUGAACGUAAGAUUAAUACAUGAAGUACCACGACAACAUACAAUUGAAGUACGUUCAGGAACACAUGCACCUACUCGCAAAGAAUUAGAAAUAUUUAAGAGUAUAAUAGGAUUAAAAAAAGGUUGUUUUGAUCCACAUGAGGAUAAGAAAAUUGUUCAUAAUUGGAAAAAAUUUUGUAAGUUACAUGAUUGGAAUGUAGAGAAUACUAAAGCAUUUUUAACUCUGAAAGAUAAUGGCAAGUAUAUAUGUAGAAAGGCAGAAUUGAAAAAGUUUGUACAAUUUUUAGCAAAUGGUUUACCAAAUCGUACAUUGUACAGUGUUUAUCAUAGGUUCAGAACUUUAUACAGUUCACACGAAAAUAGAAGAUAUACAAAAGAGGAAAAUGAAAUGAUAUUAACUUAUAUGGAUCAAAAACAAUACGUUGAUGAAAGAAGAAAAUUCGUUGAUUUGGCAAAGGUAUUAAAUAGAAGCAGGGCAUCAGUUUGGCGUCAUUAUCGAAUUUUACAAAAAAAACGUAAAAAUGAGAGCGAUUCAGAUUGAUAAAAUGAAAAAUGACUUAACAAUGUUUCUAUCUUCAAUUUUGUAAAAUAAUAAUAAUAAUAAUACAAAAACAGUAAUUCACAGUACUGUUUGUAAGAAAAAGAAUUGUAUCUGUAUUUUAUUUUGAUAGUAUCAAAUAUUAUAUACAUUGUGUAUAUACUUUAGAACU